GCCAUAUUCUAGUGAUCCGGAGAAAUGGUGCCCCCUACCAGACGUCGUAGUUCCCGAAGGCGACGGUUUAAAUCCAAGUGAGCAUUUCAUGAGCUCUGAGCAACUAGAACUACAAGUGCAACGACUCUCCGCAGCCCUACGCGUCCCAACCGAGAGCUACGAUGAUAACGGCAACGUCGACGAAGAUCCUCGCUGGAAAACGUUCGAGGACUUCCACCAGGUGCUGGAACGGCUAUUCCCGCUUGUGCACUCGCAGCUUGAAAUUCGCAAGGUAAACCGAUAUGGCCUUCUGUAUACGUUUAGAGGCACGGAUAAUUCCAAGAAGCCCAUACUGUUGACGGCACACCAAGAUGUCGUGCCUGCGGGACCUGCUUCCCGUUGGACAUAUCCGCCGUAUGAAGGGCAUUUCGAUGGGUCUUUUAUAUGGAGCCGAGGGGCGGCCGAUUGUAAGAACGUCCUCAUCGGUAUACUCUCGGCUAUUGAAGAUCUUAUCUCGCAGUCGUUUGUACCUUUCCGUACUAUUGUGCUAGCUUUCGGGUUUGAUGAGGAGACAGGCGGUGUCAGAGGCGCAGCCACACUAAACCAAUCUUUAGUACAGGAAUGGGGUCCGGAUUCGUUUCUGUUUGUGUUGGACGAAGGCGGCAUGGGUGUGCAAAGCCAUGGGGAUGCCCUAUACGCUUAUCCUGGGGUGGGAGAGAAAGGCUACUACGAUAUCCAGCUGACCCUCGAGGUUACAGGCGGCCACAGCUCGAGGCCUCCAAGACAUACCGGUAUUGGUAUCAUGGCGGAUGCAAUCGUAGCGUUGGAAAAUGAGCCGUAUGCCCCUCGUCUAACAUAUUCAAACCCAUUUCGCAGGGUAUUGGAGUGUAGAACGAAACAUUCUCCCGAAGCAGUGCAACCAUGGUUGCGAGAUGCUCUUCUUAGUGGAGACGAGUACGAGAUUGCUAAGAAGCUCGCUGAAGAAGAAACAGAAGAGAAAUGGCUAGUUCAAACAAGCCAGGCCAUUGAUGUCAUUAACGGAGGCGUCACGGUGAAUGCUUUGCCUGAGAGUAUCGAAUUUCAAGUGAAUCAUCGCAUAGCACUACAUGAAUCAGCCCAGUACAUUAACAGUCAAAUUCGAAGAGUGCUGGACCCCAUUGUACAGAAGUAUGAGCUCGAACUUCGCUUUGAAACUAACAACGGCUCUUAUGCAGGGGGACCAGACCCGGACGCUAUUUCGUCUGGGAUCUUAAAGGCGAAAGGCUUGCAGGUAAUCAACAUAGCCCCGAUAUCAGCAACUGAUAACAACGUGUGGAGUGUUUUUAGCGGUACUAUACGACAUGUAUUCGAGAGUACAGAAAGUGGGAUGGGCAAGACUGUUGUCCCAGCUGGGAAUAUCAUGACAGGAAAUACGGACACUCUUCAUUAUUGGAAUCUUACGGACAACAUAUACAGAUUCACCCCAUCUAGGAACGGGACAAGGUUGAAUCAACACGGGAUCGACGAGCGGAUGGGUCUAACUGCUCACUUGGAAGGCAUCAGAUUAUAUUACGACUUGAUUCGAAAUUUUGAUAAUUGGGAGGACGCGUAA